GCUCCCGGGGCCGGGCUUUGCGAGCACCGGGGCUGAGCCAGGUCGACCCGAGCUCUCCGGCGGCGUGGAGCGGAGCUCGGGGCGGGCCGGGGGCGGUGCCCACCGAGGCGGGGUGGCCCCGGUUUCGCUUUCGUUUCCCCGGGGCGGUGGCUGCAGGGCCGGAGCUGGGGGGAGGUAGCAGAGCCGCGCUGGGUCGCGCUGCGGGGCCGGGGCCUCCGCCGGGUGGCAACCAGGGCCGGGAGGCGCCCGGGGAGCGGGAACUCGGGGCAAGGCUCAGCCGGGCAGGGCGGGGGUCGCUGUCGCCCCGGACUCCUGGCACCGGCAUGGCGGGCCGCACGGUGCGGGUGCGGGGCCUCCCCGCCGAGCUGCCCCCCGACAGGGUUGCCGACAAGCUGACCAUCCACUUCCUGCGUUCCCGCAACGGCGGCGGCGAGAUCGCCGACGUGCAGGUGCUGCCCGGGGCCUGCGCCCUCAUCACCUUCGAGGCGCCGGAAGUGGCCCAGCGGAUCCUGAAGGCCGAGCACGUGCUGUCGGUCGGGGGCCGGCGGUACCCGCUGGAGGUGACGGCGCACGGCGCGGAGCUCAGCCCCGACGAGAUCUUAAUACGUGCUUGUGUGGUAGUUGACUAUGGCAAGCUUCCCACUGGCAAAACCCUCCUGAGUAACUUGCUUAAAGGCUACAGCAAUGUGCUGUUUGACUUUGACUCCAAGAACACACACUGCAUUGUCAAGGGACGGUUCACUGAGCUGCAGGCCUUCAGCAGAGACCUCAUGGGCAGCCUGAACCUCAAGAGCCAAGCUGCUGGAGAGAUCCUUCUGCCAGAUUCCAGCCAUGUGGCCAGAGAGACCAGCAAGCAUGAUCAUCAGCAAGUGCCUGAUUCCACUAAGCCAGUGCAAGAUACAAGGCUGCCCAUCUGGGAGCAGGUGUGUGAAAUGGCAGCUCAAGUCCCACAACCUCGGGGCCCAGUGGAUGGGGAAGCUGUGGAACAUCUGGAAGACUUUUCCCUAGUGAUGGACUCAGAUAUUUACCUGUACAUGCAGAGGUUCUGUGCUGCUCAGUACCAAGGUGUGCUGCGCCAGCAUCAUGUGGAUGUGGUGGAUGUGGCCAGUGAUGGCAUCACCAUAUUGUACCUCCAGCCACCUGCAGGUGUGUCUGGGGACAGUGGCGUCUUGCAACAGGCCCACCUGGCCCUGCAGCAGCUUUACCAGCAGCUGGAGGUGAGCUUGCGCAAGGAGAAGAUCACCAAGAGAGGACUGGAUAUGGGCUGCCAGGCGCUCAGGGCUGUGGUGCAAGAGCUGCAGGAACUGUAUCCCCAGGUACUCUGCCAUGAGGAUGAGAAGCAGCUUUAUCUUAUUGGAAACCUUGUGGAUGUGUCCCAGGCCAAGCAGUACCUUCAGAAUUUAAGCACCAGAAGAGGCAUCACACACACUCUUGGCACGCUCAGCAGCUCCCUGCCCUCGCACCCCACAACCUCCCACACCACAGAGGCUGCACAGCGCAAGCCCAAGGCACCUGCAGACACCUCAGCCUCAAGGCUCAGCCCAGGCAGGCCAGAGCCGAAAGGUGAAUUCAAGCUAGCUGCAAACUUCAGCACUCUGAAAGCUGAGGGGUCUCAGGCCAGUGGGGGCCUCUUGCAGAAUCAGGGCUCUCCACAGGUGAGACAGGCACAGCUUUCUGGAAAACGCUCAUCAGAGACAGAUGCUCUAGGUCCAAGUACCCCAACAGCACUGACCCAGCAGCAUCAGCCUCAAGUCUCCACAGCAGAUGUGGAUUUGGGAUCAGCAGCAGAAUCUCAGCAGAAGGACCCCAAAGAACAGGAAUAUGUGAAAGGAACUGCCAGGCUUACGAGACACAAGGCACUGUCUCCCUUUGAGAGCAAAGAAAACAGCACUUUGCAGCGUCCUUGGGACUCCAGAGGCUCAGGCUUCGUCAAGCAGCAGUCCCUCACUAGCACAGCAAGUGCCUCUUCUGCUUUGGACUCUAAGCACUCUGAAUCCAGGACUCCACUGCGACGUUCCAACAGCUUCUCCCUGCCGAGGUCACAGGAGAGCAACAAGCCCCAGGAUACCAAUACAGCAGGCAGCGGAGGCAGUGGGAUGAGUGCAGAGAUGAGUCUGGACUCUCUGCAGUGGUCUUACCUUAAAGAUGUUUGCCAUGCUGCCAUUGAUCAGCUGUGUAAGGCUGGGGGUGUGCAGAUCUCAGAGCAUCGUGCUGGGGACAGCACCGUGCUGACUCUACGGGCAGCAGACAGCAGCAGGCUGUUCCAGGCUAAGUGGAAGGUGGAAGCUCUUGUGCAGAAGUGUCCUGACCUUGUGUGUCAGAGCAUGAGCUACUCAGAGCUUGCUGUAGAUGGUCCAGAUGACAGUGCCUUGAGUGAGCUGUGCAGCCUCUUGCGAGCAAACUCCCUCCAGGUUGGACUCAGCAAAGACAAGCACAGGCUGCAUCUUGCCUGCCCCAGGGCGAUGCUGCCAGGAGUGACUGAGGCCUUCCAAGUGUUUAAUUCCAGGAGACUCCGUGCUCUUAAGUCUUCAUCCUUGUCUCCAGGACUGAAGAGUACAGGGCACUCAGGUGUCAUCCAGCCAGGCAGAAGCCAAAACAUGCUGCUGGAGGCCUUGCAGUCGGACCUGCAGCACCUGAACAUUAGUGACAAAGCUGACCAUGCAGAUGUGCUCAGGCCUGCCCAGCUGCCACAGGCUGAGGAAAAGAGGUCACCCAGUCCUGGGAGGUUUCAGCAGGCACUGGGGCAGAGUGACAGCAGUGACCAUGUUGAUUCUGGGUCUGGGCAAGGAGGAGGCAACCUUCCAAGCCCUGGUGUGGUAGAUAAGCCAAGUCCUGCUGCUCUGAGGGAGUCCCAGGAGCAGCCAAAGAGAAAAGUGGCUGUGGGGGAGGUUGACACUGCACGGAGAAAGCAGGUUUUGCCAGACAGGUUCCAGUUUGCAAGAGACAAGAGCAGAGGUGGCCCCAGUGAAGUGCUGGGACAGAGGCGCUCGCCAGUGUCUGCGGCAGAAGCUGCUCCUCGCUCCCUGCCCACCUGGCUGUACGGGGCUGUGGCUGCUGAGCCGCUCCAGGCUGUACCGCACCUGCCACCUGCAGCGGAGCCCAGGGGCCAGGAGCAGGCCUUGGUUCCUGCGGGCAGGAGCAGCAGUCAGGAGGAGCCUGACCUUGCAUCAUGGCAGGCAGGAGGCCCUAGCCCUGGCCAGGAGAGCAGCAAGGCCACUGUGGGCCGAUGCGAUGCUUGCCAGGGCUCAGGUGUGACCUGCCAGGCCCCCUGCGGGCAUGCCUUAUGCAGGGCAUGUUUUGCAGCAGACAGCACCCAGCCAGCCUGCUGCAGCUCCUCCUCGGUUGCCACAAGCCACAAGGUCUCUGGGACAUUCAAGGUCUCUUCCCUGUCUCAGAAUCUGCCUGGCUACUAUCGAGACCCAACGCUCCAGGUUGUCUACAGCAUCCCUGACGGUGUGCAAGGGGUUGGUGACCCCCACCCAGGACAGCCUUACAAAGGGGGGGACUUCUGCGCUUUCUUGCCUGACAACAGAGAUGGGCAGAAGAUAGCAAUGCUGCUGAGGAAGGCCUUUGUGCACGGCUUGACCUUCCAGAUCAGGUCCUGCAAUGGAGAGGAAAAAGUGACAUGGGGCCUGAUCCCACACAAGACCUCCUGGGAUGGAGGCAGAGCCAGGAAUGGCUAUCCAGACAGCCAGUAUCUCCGUGAGGUUUGCACAGUGCUGAAGAACCUGGGCAUUUCCUGAGCUCUGCCUGGGCAGCCACAGCUCCUGCUUCACCUUCCUUUCCAGCUGAAAAACACUGUGGCUUAACAGAGACAGCUCAGGAGAAAGUAGGUGUUUGUCCAGGUUGCUCCUGUGUCCAUAGGCAGCCAGAAAGGGGCACAUCACUGCAUCCAUGCCUGCCCUCAGCACGGAUCAGAUCCUCUGAAGCUCCAGCUCCUGGCUGCACAUUCUCAGCAGCCAGCCACCUAUGCAGCUUGUUUCAAAACCAGCUGUAGGCUGAGCCCCCAGCAUGGCUUUCAGCAGCAUAACCCAAGACUGGGCAGCAGUCUGCAGCCCACACCCAUCUUCUGGAAGGGUCUUCCGCCUCCUGCUACCACAGACACUUUCCAGCUCAGCCACCACCUGAGCCUGUGGCAGAGCUGAGCUGUGAUGAAUGUGAGUGGCUCACUCAGACACCUCAGUUCUGGAGCAGGCAGCCAUGAGCUACAGCCCCUCCCCAGCAUCUGCUCUGGGGCCUGAGGCACCCCUGGGGAGACCAUUAACAGUUCCCUGGUGCCUCCCAUGGGGAUGUACAGGCAGGGAUAGGUUUUAAGUGGAGAAAUACAAAUAAACAAGAUUUAUUCCCCCA